AGAAGCCGCAGGCAGCUCUCCGUCGGGUUAACCUUGUUUUCAUCAGCGACUGACUCCCGAAGGGUUCAGGUUGACACACCUCUGCAACGACCUUGCUAUUCUCUUGGGGUCAGUAAAAGUAAUCAACUAUGGCUGCAACCGUCUACAGACACAAGCACUUCAGCCAUGACUACCACGAUACUCAGAGCCCGUAUGUGGUCAAGGAGUACUCAAGCUCUGAGGUUGUGGAAGACGAUUACCAGUACAAAGCAGAGAAACGAAUCCAAGGAGUGGUGAGGAAGAAGAUGGUUGAGAAGUACAUUCGUGAGGAGUCCAUGAUCAGGGGCCCUAAGUUUGUGGUCCGACUCCGUUCACACACUGUGUUUGAGAACACACCUAUAAAACUGUUCUGCACUGUGGAAGGAUACCCCACACCUGUGGUAAAAUGGUAUAAAGAUGGCAUCAUCUUGGAUAACACAUCAGGAAAAUAUAUUGUUGGUGAAAAAGCUGGAAGCCACACUUUGGAGAUUUUUAAGUGUGAAACUCAGGACACUGCUCAAUACACGGCUGUAGCAGGGAACAUUCAUGGCCAGGCCUCCACACAAGCCUCCAUCAUUGUCAAGAGGUUUAAAUUAGAAGAGGAGACCUCUGUGUAUGCAUGGCUGCCUUACCAGAUUCCCAUACUUCCAAAGAUCCAGUACACCAAGAUUAACAUUACCUUCCUUGAGACCUUCGGAGCAGUGUUUGCCACAGAAGGAGUCUCAGCCACUCUGACCUGCACCAUGACAAUCAGUCCUAACCUGGCCAACCUGCAGCCUGAGGCCCAGUGGUUUAGAGAUGAGCACCGUCUGUUUGACUCCAAGUGGGUGAAGAUGGAGCAGGGGCAGUGUGUGGCCUCGCUCACUCUUCCUCACCUGUACAAGGAAGAUGAGGGUCUAUACACUCUUCGCAUGGUGACCAAAGGGGGUGCUGCAGAGCACAGCAACUUUGUCUCCGUGGCAGACGGCCCUCCCCCCGUGCCGGGAGCUCCUGGUGCCCCCAUGGACAUCAAGAUCCACGAUGCUAACAGAGAUUAUGUUAUUGUGUCCUGGAAACCCCCCAACACAACUACAGAGGGGCCUAUCAUUGGAUACUUCGUAGACAAGUGUGAGGUGGGCACAGACAACUGGGUGCAGUGUAAUGACUCCCCCAUCAAGAUCUGCAAAUACCCAGUACCAGGCCUAUUUGAGGGUCACUCCUACUACUUCCGGGUCCGAGCGGUCAACUCCCAUGGCAUCAGCAAAGCCUCGCGCAUGUCUCAGCCCAUCGCUGCUCUUGACCCCACUGAGUUUGAACACCUCCUUGCUAAGAAAUUGGGUGGCAAGUUGGACGUGGUGUCCUACCAUGAUGACCUUGCAGCUGAAGGUGCUGUUCCUGAGGUUCCUUCUGGUGUUCGUGCCUCUGAGAUUGACAGAACCUAUGUGGUCCUGUGUUGGAAGCCUGUGGCCUAUCAUGGCAAGGCUCCUAUGUGGUACUACAUAGAAAAGAGCCUGUCUCAGAGCGGAGUGUGGCAAAGAGUGAACACCCAGGUGCCUGUGAGGUCUCCUCGCUAUGCUGUGUUUGACCUGACGGAGGGCAAACAGUACCAGUUCCGUGUUUUAGCAGCUAACAUGUAUGGAUCCAGUGAGGCCUCAGAACCCACCAAACCCAUCCACACUCUAGAACUAAAGGGUGUGCCCUCCGCUCCAGGCCAGGUGAUCGCCACCAGAGAAACAAACACCUCCGUUCUUAUUCAAUGGGCUCCACCAAAGGAACCCAACAACCUGAUUGGCUACUACAUUGACACCUGUGUGAAAGGCUCCAAGGAUUGGCGGUCGGCCAAUCACAAACCUCACAAAAGCACCAAGUUUGUGGUACAGGGUCUGACUACAGGGGAGACCUAUGUGUUUCGUGUCCAGGCCAUCAAUGAGCUAGGUUUGAGUGAUGAGUCACAAGAGUCCUCUCCUCUGUCUGUUAAAGCUGCCCUCACAACUCCAUCUGCUCCCUAUGACAUUGCUUUGCUAAACUGUGAUGGCCAGUCCAUGGUGCUGAACUGGAAGCGGCCCUCCCACUCAGGCGGAGCCAAGGUAGCAGAGUAUUACAUUGACAAACGCAAGAUUGGCACAAGUGUGUGGAAGGAGGUCAACAUUCCUCCAAUUAAACAGAGACUCCAUAAGGUGGAGAACCUGUCAGCUGGCAGUAAGUACCAGUUCCAGAUUUACGGAGCAAGUCUGGCUGGUCUGGGAGCUUCCUCCGCCACAAGCAUGGUCUUCAGCUGUGAGGCUUGGACCAUUGCCGAGCCAGGCCCUGCCUACGACCUGACCUUCUGUGAGAUACGUGAUGAUUCACUGGUGGUGGAGUGGAAGACCCCUGUUUAUACUGGGGCUGGAGAGAUCACAGGUUACUUAAUUGAUUACGCCAUCAAGGGUUCUGAUUCAUGGACAACCGCUAACGAAACAGCUGUCAAUCAUCGCUUCCUGAAGGUGGUGGGCAUGGAGGUGGGAGAUACCUACGUGUUCCGUGUGCGUGCUGCUAACAGUGAUGGUGUUGGGGUGGCGUCUCUGGCUUCUGACCCAGUGACUGCCAAGGCACUGCCAGGUGUUAAGGAGGUGUCCUGCUCUGUGGACUCUGAUUCGGGUGACAUAGUACUGUCAUUUGAGAGCUGUCAGAUGUCAGAGGGCUCCACCUUUGUCUGGAAGAAAUCCUACAAGGAAAUCACUGACUUCUCCAAAGGCAUCAUGGUCAAGACAGUGGGCAGCAUCUCAAAGUUGAUCUUCAAAAACCCAGAUAAGGAGGAUGUGGGAACCUUUUCCGUGUCAGUGACCAACACAGACGGUGUUUCUGGCAGCUACAGCAUCUCAGCUGAAGCACUGGAGAAGAUGCUGGCCCAGAGUUUCGACAUUCGCCACCCCAUCAUCCCCUUGAAAACUGAGCUGGCCUAUAAGAUCCUAGAGAGAGGUCGUAUGCGUUUCUGGCUGCAGGCAGAGAAUAUCUCCUCCGGAGUUUCUUACAAUUUCUUUGCCAACAACAAGGAGCUUUCAGGAGCUGAUCCCAACAAGAUGGGUCAUGAUGUUGCCACGGGAGUGAUUGAGUUUAUCCUGGAUCACUUCACUGAGGAUAGUGAGGGCACCUUCACAGUGCAGAUCCAGGAUGGGAGGGGCAAGGCUCAGUCCUCCCUGGUCCUUAUAGGAGAUGCUUUCAAGGCGGCCUUGGCCGAGGCUGACUACCAGAGAAGAGAGUACAUCAGGGUUAAGGAGGGCCCCCACUUCAGUGAAUUUCUGUCUAUCAAUGUGGGGGACGACUGCUCUGUGUCUCUGGUCUGUAAGGUGGCUAAUCUGACAAAGGAGUCUGAAUUCCACUGGUUUAAGGAAGACACUGAGAUCGUCCCUAAUGAAAAAACAGACCUAUCCUCUGGGGCCUGCAAGCUUCCCCUUGCCCAGUUCUCCAAUAAGUCCACAGGAAUAUACAAAGCUUCCAUCAGUGACAACAGAGGAAAGGACCUGUCCCAGAUUGAUAUCUCUGGACAAGUUUUUGCUGACAUCAUCAAUGAGAUUUCUAAACUUGCUGGUUCCACUGCUGCAGAGCUGUCCAUUCACUGCACUGCUACAGGCAUCCAACUUCAGUGCCACAUGAAAUACUACACCUCAGAGAUGAACAUCAGUUGGCUGCACACUGAGACUAAGCUUUCCAGCUCAGAGAAGGUGGUGAUUGGAGGAACUCCAUCCAUGGCUGUCAUGGAGAUUAUUGAGCCAGUUGAUAAAGACAAGGGUGUAUACUCCAUCCAGAUAUCUGAUGCUGAGAAGACCUACACCCGUACCCUAGACCUUUCUGGAGAUGUUUAUGAAAAAGCCUAUGCAGAGUUCCAGAGACUCAAAGCGGAAGCGUAUGCUGAGAAGAACCGUGGCAAGGUUGUAGGUGGUCUUCCUGAUGUGGUCACCAUCAUGGAGAAAAAGACCCUGAGUCUAACAUGCACAGUGUGUGGUGACCCCAAGCCCCAGGUGACUUGGUUGAAGAAUGGCCAGGAGGUUGAGCCUGAUGACCAGUACGUGGUCUCUCUGGACUCUGGCAAAUUUGCCAGCCUCACCAUCAAGGGUGUGUCCCUUGAGGACUCAGGCCGCUACACCAUGAUCGUUCAGAACAAGUAUGGUGGCGAGUCCAUAGACAUCGUAGUCAGUGUGUACAAACAUGGAGAGAAGAUACCUGAGGCCAAGCCAGCCCCCACGCCUAUAACCAUUAUCGCCCCCAAAGGCCCUAUCGAGAUCCCCACCUCUAAGAUGGCAGUACCCACUCCUGCUGCUUCUGCUGCUGCUAAGUCCCCUAUUCCCCCAAAGGGAACCAAGUCCCCUAGCCCUGCCCGCAGCAUGAAGAGCCCCACCCCCACCAAGAAGAAGUAAACUCUCACCAUGUUGCUAUGCCAUCACGAUAACCAGUUCUUACCCUGGACUGGAGCAUAAGUCAGUAUAGAUCUAUUGUGGUGUUGUUACAUACCAGUGAUUUGUAUUGGAGUGGUUAUCUGUCUCAUACCUUCUGCUCUUUCCUCCUCCUUCUCCGUUGCCUUUGAUGAGCUCUGGUGAUUCAUUUGUCAAAUCACUGUUUUCAAAACUGCUCUUACAGUAGGACAUUGAACUAUAGGCUUACCCACAGGUUAGAUGAGCCUGUAGUGUGUGGUCCUCGAUUACACCCUCUUUACCCACCCUCUACCAACUCUCUACCCAAUCCUUUCUGUCCCUCCCCUCAUGCUUCGUCAGAUAAAUCAGUUUUAGCUACUGGUCUGCUAGCCUACUGUGUCCCUCCGUUGUUGUUAAUAAAAUGAGCAGAAAUCA